ACUGUUCAGAAUAAUUGACAAGCGAUUAACUUUUUGUAGAGUAAAAAGUUGUCUUUCGUAAGAGUCUAGACGGAAUUCUCGUACAGGCCCGAUUGAGCCAAGCUUGGAGAGGAAGAAGAGAAGCGUAAAUAUGCCGCAGGCCAAGAAGGGCAAAGCAAAAGCAAAAGCAAAGGCCACCACCGCCGACUCCGCUCAGUCCUCGGCCCCUGUAAAACCAAACAAUUUUCCUUCUUGUAUUCGCUCAAUACCUCCUUCCUCUGUUGCCAUCUCUAUCCACGCUAAGCCCGGCUCCAAAUCCUCCUCCAUCACAGAUUUCAGUGACGAGGCAGUUGGGGUACAAAUAGACGCACCGGCAAAGGACGGAGAAGCUAACGCUGCACUUCUCGAUUUCAUUAGUUCGGUUUUGGGGGUGAAGAGAAGGCAAGUGUCUAUAGGUUCUGGUUCUAAAUCAAGAGACAAGGUUGUGAUUGUGGAGGAGGUUACUAUACAAAAUGUUUUCAAUACUCUGGACAACGUUUCAAAAUAUUAGUGCUGGAGAAUUGAGAGAGUUGAGGGGUGAUUUCUGUCUAUGAACCUGUCAUUGAUGACCCUGGCGAGUCAGAGCCAAUCAUGUGAAGCUGGAUUGGGUGAUCAUUUUAUCUGCCGUCCAGUUACAUUCCAGCCAGUAUCAUUUUUCGUAUUUCACCGGGAAACACCAAUUUACUAGGCCAAAGUUAUUAUUACAACAACAGCUACAUGAGAUUUUUGUUUGUAAAAUGAGCAGCUGCGACAGUGACACUAUGUGUCAAGUUGUUGCUUUUAUGCAUUUUCAACUCUUCAUUUCAAGUUAUUCUGGGAUUACCAAUGUCUUGUACGAUUUGAAACGUUCAGUCAACAUGCGUUCAAUCCGCCAA